CUACGCAGAUCUCUAAACAAGUCGUUGACAAACUAGACAGAUACUUAGAUCAAUCGUUAUUUUUGUAGCUAAUUUAUAUCUGUAUUAUUUGCACUUCAAGGCGAAGUAUUGAAACUCGUGGUUACGCAAUAUACUGGAAUUGGGAAAGGGAAGACAGACCCAGACGUGUAAUCUUAUAGUUUAAGCUAAGUGAUGUGAAAUAUAUAUAUCUUUACGCAGCUAACGUUAACUAGCUAGUAUACAUGAUCCCAACAAGUAAAGACAUGAAAGUACUUAGCUACACCGUUAACUGGCAAAAAGGCAUCAUGGACAAGUCAUCAUACCGUUUGCUGCAGCUUCUGUCCUUUGCAUGGCUGGCCUGUAGGCCCACCUGUAGUUCUAUCACCACCUAUGGAACAAUAAUCCCACAAUCUCCAUUGGUGGAAAUUGGGAAGGAAUUCACCGCCACAUGUGUGCUCGACAAAGCUGCUAAAGCCACAGCGGAGGACAUCUACUGGAAGUUAAAAAACAUCACAGUGCCCAAAGAGCAGUACACCAAGAUAAAUGACUCGGCUGUUAGCGUGACCAUCACCAUCACCAAUGAAACAGCCAACUGGUUACUUUGUGAGAAGAAAGGGUCUCCCUUAUCCUUAAACCUAAAUCAAGUAAUCCAUGGGAUUCUAUUGACCAAAGGGUAUCCCCCUGAGAAGCCUGUGAACCUGUCCUGCAUGGCUGUCCAGUCUGGCCGAAAGAUGUCCUCCUGCGUGACGUGCACAUGGCAGCCUGGGACAAGAGACGAGAGGCUGAAAACCACUUAUACCUUGUUUAGCAGUCUAAUUGUCUCAAAUAAGAGCAGCAAAGCUAACAGAAGUAGUGGAUACAUCGACUUCGGCACCUUUCCAAGCUUCAUGGAACUUGCUAUGUGGGUAGAAGUUGAAAACAAGUUGGGGAAGGUUCGAUCUGACAUUCUGGAUAUUUAUGCUGCUGAUUUGGUGAAAACGAAUCCCCCAUCAGAUGUCAAUAUUAUUUCCAAGAAUAACUUUUCCAGGACUCUCUUAGUGAGUUGGAAGCACCCUAUCCAUGUAACCUAUGUAAUGCUGAAAUACAACAUCAGGUUCUGCACUGUGGGCUCUGGAGACUGGACUGAGGUACCCCCAAAUGACACUGAAAGCUACAAGGAGUCUUUCCGUCUUCAGUACCUCAAGCCGGACACAGAGUAUGUAGUGCAGGUGCGAUGCAUUCAUUAUAGGGGCUAUGGCUAUUGGAGUGACUGGAGCGCUAACUCUACUGCCAGGACCCCAGAGCACAAGCCUACAAGUAAGCCAGACCUAUGGAGAGUCGUCAUUCCCAGCCAAGUCAAAAGUGAGCGGAGAGUGCAAGUGAUGUGUAAGGAUCCAGUGGAGUCCAAUGGAAGGAUACGGGGCUACAGCAUCAAGAUCCAAGAUGGAAACUGGAUGACGGUGGCGGUCAAUGACUCUGACCUGGAUUCUAGGUCGCAAGAGAGGAAAAUUAUCCCCCUUUACCAGAUUCCCUGGUCUGACAAGAGAAGAGGCCUCAUUGAAUUGAAGGCCUGGAAUUCUGUUGGCGAGUCUCCCCAAGCAUCUUUGGGCAUCCCAAAAUUGACACAAGAGCCCGCUUCGGUGGAAUCGCUUAGCUGGUUUACCCAGCAGGGGAGGCUGUGGGUGAAAUGGCAGCCCCGCAAUGUGACGGCCACGGGGGAGCCCUACAGGUCCGAGGUGACGGAGUACAUACUGGAGUGGGUGUCUGUCAGCGAUGGCGCUAUGGACUGGCAGAGAGAACGUAGGCACACUAGGACGGCAGCCAUUAAAGGUAACCUUCAGAAGUUCAAUCGCUACAAUAUAUCUGUGUAUCCCAUGUACUCUGGGUGGACUGGGAAGCCAUUGACCAUAGCAGCCUUUCUGGAACAAGGAGCUCCGCUGGAGGGUCCCUCUGUGAAAGUGCGGCGGACAGGGAAAAACGAAGCUGAGCUGGAGUGGAUGGAGAUUCCACUGGACAAACAGCGAGGGUUCAUCACCAACUACACCAUCUUCUUCAUCACAGGGGGCAAGGAACACUCAAUAGUUGUCUCUACCGACACCUACUCUUACACUGUGAAGCGCAUGGCCAGCAACAGCAAGUAUGUGGUGCGGGUCAUGGCAUCUACAGUACAAGGCUCUACAAACAGCUCGGACCUGUCAUUCAAUACUCUGAUGUAUGCUCCCGGGCAGAUAGAAGCCAUUGUGGUGUCUGUGUGCAUCAGCUUCCUGUUUUUCAUAGUGCUGACCAUGCUCUGCUGCAUUUACAAAAUGGACUCGAUAAAGAAGAAGAUCUGGCCACCGGUUCCAGAUCCCUCCAACAGCACUAUCGCUAAAUGGUCUCCUGAUUUCACAUCCAAAGCUGACACUCCUAAGGAGAGCGCGCUGGGUGACGUGAGUAUUGUAGAGGUGGACGUGUUCGACAGGAAGUCUCUGUGUGAGGAGGAUAAGGCAGGCCUGCCGCUCAAGAAGGACAAGUACCUGUCGGAGGAGCAUAGCAGCGGUAUCGGCGGCUCCUCCUGCCUGUCGUCACCUCACCAGAGCGUCUCAGACAGCGAUGAGGGCGGCGACGAGGGCCAAACUACAGCCAGCACCGUCCAGUACUCAUCGGUGGUGGCAUCCUGCGGCUACAAGGGCCAGACCCCCUGCCCUCUCCCCCUGUCCGGCUCCUCCCAGACGCCCAGCUUCGCUCGCUCCGAGUCCACCCAACCCCUGCUGGACAGCGAGGAGCACCCGGAGGUCCCCGAGUCACACCAGCGCUACCUGCGGAACCCCUACUUCGGGCGCUUGCCUGGGGGGAACGAUGGCGACAGCGGAGACCUGGAGGACUUGAACCAGAUGGAGAUGAAGAAGCAGGGGUUGGCUUUGCGCCGGUUCUGCCCCCUGGAGGAGGACUUUCAGCAGACCACACCCACAGAGGAGGGUCAGUCACCUGACGGACAGCCAGGCCCUGACCCUAGCUACAUGCCUCAGCUCAGUGGCUACAGGCCUCAGUGUUAGGAGGAUGUAUGGUGACUUAGUUCGAGGUUGUCACACUUCAUGUACAGUGACUCUUCCUCUGUGCCUUUGUUAAUUUCACUUUUGUUUCAAGCUUUUAUAUUAUGAAUUAUGUCAGCCUAUUAUUUUUGCACUUACCCAAAUGGCAAUCAUGAACUUCAUGUGGUCAUCGUGACUUGCCUUGUUAAAUCUAUUUUAAGUGGAUGAUAUAGUUUGCCUUUAUGUCAAGGUUUUAUUGUUUUUAACAUCCUAAAAAGCAAAUAGAUGCCUACGUGCAGACCCGUUAAUUACUGACCUAGGUAGUUGGCGUCACCCAUUGACCUCCGAAGAAAAGUCCAUAGCCUAGAUGUGGAACCCUAUUCUCUACAAGCCGGCCAAGUUUAACCUUGAAUGGACAAAGUGUGAUGACGCAUCAUUCCAAGAAAGAGGACUUGAAGGAAGCGGAAAGGUGAUGCUAGCCAAUACAACAGGACCCUCUUGAAAUUCAGUACCUUCAGAAAGUAUUGAUACCCCUUGACUUAUUCCACAUUUUGUUACAUCCUAAAUUCUAAAUGGAUUUAAUAUAAAGGUUCUCACCAAUCUACACACAAUACCCAUAACAACAAAGUGAAAACAUGUUUUUUGAAUUUUUAGCAAAUUUAUUGAAAAGGAAAAACAUGAUUUACAUAAGAAUUCACACCCCUGACUCAAUACACGUUAGAAUCAUCUUUGACAGCAAUUACAGCUGUGAGUCUAUCUGGGUAAGUCUCCAAGAGCUAUGCGCAGCUGGAUUGUACAAGUUCAUCAUUGCUCGACAACCAUUUAAGUCUUGCCAUAGAUUUUCAAGCUAAUUUAAAUCAAAACUGUAACUAGGCUACACAGGAACAUUCAAUGUCAUCUUGGUAAGCAACUCCAGUGUAUUUUUUUACUUUUGUUUUAGGUUAUUGUCCUGCUGAAAGCUGUAUUUGUUUCCCAGUGUCUGUUGGAAAGCAUACUGAACCAGGUUUUCCUCUAGGAUUUUGCCUGUGCUUAGGUCUAUUCCAUUUUAUUAUUUUUUUUUUUCCCAAAAAACUCUCUAGUCCUUGCUGAUGACAAGCAUACCCAUAACAUGAUGCAGGCACCACCAUGCUUGAAAAUAUAAAGUGUGGUACUCUGUGAUGUGUUGGAUUUGCCCCAAACAUAACUCUUUGUAUUCAGGACAUAAAUUACAUUUCUUUGACACAUAUUUUACAGUUUUACUUUAGUGCCUUAUCGCAAACAGGAUACAUGUUUUGAAAUAUUUGUAUUCUGUACAGGCUUCCUUCUUUUCACUCUGUCAUGUAGGUUAGUGUUGUGGAGUAACUGCAAUGUUAUUGAACCAUCCUCAGUUUUCUCCUAUCACAGCCAUUAAACUCUGGUAGGAAGGACGCAUUUAACUUUAUAGUGACUGGGUGUAUAGAUACACCAUCCAAAGUGUAAUUUAAUAGCUUCACCAUGCUCUAAAGGAUAUUCAAUGUCUGCUUUUUUUUUUACCCAUCUGCCAGUUGGUGCCCUUCUUUGUGAGGCAUUGGAAAACUUCCUUGCUCAAUGCUCAACUGAGGGACCUUACAAGUAAUUGUAUGUGUGGGGUACAGAGACGAGGUAGUCAUUCAAAAAUCAUGUUAAUACUUAUUGCACACAGUGAGUGCAUGCAACUUGUGACUUGUUAAGCAACAUUUUACUCCUGAACUUUAGGAUAGCCAUAAAAGGGGUUGAAUAAUUGGCUCAACAUUUCAGCUUUGCAUUUUUUAUUAAUUUGUAAAAAUGUCAAAAAACAUUGUUCCUCUUUGAAAUUAUGGGCUAUUGUGUGUAGGCCAAUGAGAUACGAUCUCAAUUUAAUACAUUUUAAAUUCAGACUGUAACACAGAAUGUGGAAAAAGUCAAGGGGUGUGAAUACGUUGAAGACACUGUAUGCUACACUAGUAGGUGUAUGGUUAGUGACAUAUCUUUCCAGAUAGACAACUGUUUGACAAAUGUACAUUUUGCCUUUUUACAAUGCCUUAUUCCUUUUUUUCAAAGUCUUGUUGGCUUUACGUCAUGAUGGAAGUGUUGCAUUAUUAUAUAUACUGAAAAGGAAGUUUAUGUAUAAUUUGUUUCUGGAAAUGUUUUUCAUAUGAAUUUUUGUGUUGUCAUGAAUUUUCUGAAGACUGAAAAGUGCAGUAUAUUUUGUUCAUUUGUUUGAGAUUCUUUUUUUUGGAACAUACGUACAGAUCUCAACAGGACCAACUCCCAUAUUUGUUCUUAAAGAGAAUAUGGUCAGAAAGGGAUGUUACAUGUACAGACUAUUUAAAUAUUGCUACUUGAGGGUUCUGAAAAAUAUUCUUACACCAUCACUCAGUUAACACUACUUUUCCACAUAUACGGGAAACAUAACAUAGCCUAGUACUCCACUGCAUGCCACCAGAAUACAUGUGCCCUUUUUGGAGCAUGGUUUGUGAAUGUGUGACAUUAUACAGUAUGAAAUAAAACAAAAGUGUUAUCCAUGUGAA